AUGCCUGAAGGUCCUUUCUCCAACUGUCCUAUUCAUUGUGCUUCUUGUAACAAAUGCCUAAAAAUUACAAGCAGCAAUAUAAAUGUUUUUUCUCUCUUCUGUCUUGUGCAGCAAAUAAUGAUUUCCUUUAAUCUUCAGAAAGUAAUUAACAUAAUGCCAAAUUUAUUAUUAAUUGGAAAUAAUAACUAUUUUCCUCCUUCAAUGCACGUCAUCCUAUUUACAGAUGAUAAAUCAGCUGCCUUAGAUCAGUUAAGCAACAAAUUGUUUAUGGAGUUUAUUGUGAGAUGGAAUAAUAUCUUGGUUCAUAUUUUUAAUAAAUGGAAAUUAAAAAUCAAAUGCAGUUUUAUUGACCCUCCAUAUCUGUGGAAUGCCCAAAUAAAUCAUUAA